UUUCCAUUUCCAAUUGUCACUGUACGUGUGUACGUGGACGUGGACGUGUGUGUGUGUAUAUAUAUAUUGGCAUGGCGAGCAAUCUUCCGUACCGGCAGGUGGCUAACGUGAGUCGUCGUACGUGGGAUGCGGAAACGUACGAGCGCAAGGCCCGGGCCCGGGAGUCGCAGACGGCGGAGGCGGUGCACGCCCCGCUUCCGGACACCGACGCCGCGCCCGAGUUUGUCCCCGCCGACGCCGGACGCGCGGGUCCGGAAGGAUCUUCCCACGCCUUUCUCCAAGCCCGUCGAGCACGUGUCGAACAUAUUGACGCACGGAUUGGGACGACGGAACUCGUGGCGCCGGAUGCCGCGGCGCGUUCCUCCGUCGGGGGGAACGCCGGAUCCAUACGGGACGGUGUCACCUCCACCGGUGUAGGAUGGCACUGUAAGGUUUGUGACUGCUUUUUGAAAGAUUCCCAUACUUACUUGGAUCACAUUAAUGGACGCAAGCAUCAGCGAAAUUUGGGAUUUUCUAUGCGCGUGGAACGGUCCACCAAGGAUCAGCUACGCGAUCGACUGCAGGCGCUUACCAAACAAAAGGAAGCCGCCGCGGAACCGCUGCUUGCUACCGACUUUGACGAACUUGUGAAACAAAAGGAUGAACAAGUGCAGCGUCGUAAAGAAGAACGCCAGCGGAAGCGACAACAGCGGAAACAGAAACUACCGCAAGCUCCGCCGGAACCCGAACCCGAAGUUGGCAACGGAGACGAACACAAUGUAGAAAAUGAAGAGGUAGAAGAAGAAGGAAUUGAUCCAGCCCUAGCGGCAAUGAUGGGAUUCGGUGGUUUUGGUGGUGGAAACAAGACACGCUGACCAUGUGUGUCACCCGACGAUUGUCACCGGGAUGGACUGUGAGGUCCUUUUAGAGGUCGCACGCGGUCCGUGUCCAGGGCGGCUUGUGCAUCCACCGAUCAUACGCGACCAGUGUGAGAUUUUGGCCCGUGUAACUAUGAACUGGCUCACGUUUGGUGGCAGCCAGCUGUAGAAGAAUCUUCCUCUUUACCGUUUGAUUGUGUCAUCCGUGGUCACAACCAAAAUUAUGCGAAAUUUCAGCCAGGCACCUACGAACUACCUAGCUACCGGAGAGGGGAACAGUAAACGCAUGUUGUACGCUUUUUUAAAAACCUAGGGUUUUACGUUUUUGUCUUC